AUGGUCGCGUACCAUCUAUGGCUCAUGCGCUGGGUCAGCAUCGUUACGACAUUUCAUUCGUACCGAAGGAGAGUGCCGAUCACACCAUUACAAUUUCGCUUCAACAACGAGCCCGUACCUGGAUUUUCACCAAAUACCGCCUGCUUACUAUUGCAAGUUGAUCACCAUUCAUCUGUCAGCUCGUGUCUGCUGCACAAGCGUCAGCGUCUGGUACAGGACUUGAGCGAGUUCCAGUCGAUGAAAUUACCGAGAUCAAAAUUCAAACAAGUGCGUCGGACGCGCAACCCGAGGUACGAGUUCGCGAUCCUCAAGGCAACGACCUUCCCGUCGAGAUUUCACGAAGCCGACAAGAUGAGACGCUCUACAUCGCUACAUACACACCGAAAUGUGUAG